AUGUCUCUCACCAUUCUGACUGUGGCUCAGUCACAUCGCUCUGCUUUCUUUCGUCUUCAAAUUGCUUCUUCUGUCAUAACUGUUGACCAAAAGAUUGAUGAUAUGGGAGGUCAUGAUAUACAAAUGGUGAUAGAAGAGAAGCUUUGUGAAAGUGAUACAAAUUCAAACAAUAAUCGCUUCUCAAUCCCAGAAAACAAGAUCUUGAAGGAAGCCAGAGGCAAUUUUCUGCAGCCUCAAGAGGUUGAGUUUCUGAAAACGUGUUCAACAAAUAAUAAAAGACCUCAACGUAUAAAUGUGUUAGUGCUGGAACCAAAUCUUCAAGAGUUCAACUUACUUCUGAAAAGGUGGCAAAUGAAAAGUUGUUCUACUUAUAAUCUGAUUUAUCGUUGGAAACAUGCGCAAUCUAAUGAUCUCAAGGUCAAUGAUAUGGUGCAAUUAUGGUCGUUUAGAAGGCUUGAUGAUCAACUUGGAUCUGCAUUAGUCAAACUUAAUAAGAAGAUUUUACAUUUUGCACAAGUUUGA